UGUCCGACGAGUCGAGUUAGCUGGAUCGAGGGGUCCCGUGUCCUCGUGCGCGACGUUGCUACUUGUGCGCUAAAGUCCCUUCACUAUCUUGCUCAACGGAGUCUCGUUCUCAGCAUCUCGGCUCCGCUUCUUCCAGAGGGAGAGAUAGAGAUAAUGGCAGCAGGAGCUACAUCAGCAUUUCCUCCCCCACCUCCAUAUUACAGGCUGUACAAGGACUACAUCCAGAAUCCAAAAUCAGCACCACCACCUCCGCCGCCCAUCAAUGGGACCUACACCUUGUACGGCGCCAAUUACACGACCGAUGAUAUACUCCCGAGCUUGGAAGAUCAAGGCGUUCGUCAGCUAUAUCCGAAAGGGCCCAAUGUUGAUUUCAAAAAGGAGUUGAGAUCACUGAACAGAGAACUGCUGCUACAUAUAUUGGAGCUAACAGAUGUUCUUGUUGAGAGACCAUCUCAAUAUGCACGGAGAGUAGAAGACAUAUCUCUUAUAUUUAGGAACUUACACCACCUACUGAAUUCCAUACGCCCUCACCAGGCAAGAUCAACUCUAAUUCAUAUACUAGAACUUCAGAUACAACGCCGUAAACAAGCAGUGGAGGAUAUAAAAAGGAGGAGAGAGGAGGCACAAAGGCUGCUCAAGGAAUCACUUGCAACCCUAGAUGGCCACAUGCCUUGACUUCUAUCCCUGCUUUGAUAUAGUAUUUGGUGCUCACUAAUCUAGUUUCAGAGGUGGCAAGCCGCCUGCAUAGGUGGAGAAGGGAACUCAGUGGCAGCAGAUAGAAUCCGGGGUUUUGCUGAAAGAUCUUUUUGCUUCAUAUUUUGUACAGUACUCGCGCAGCAGGGCUUAAUGAUAUUUUGGUUUGUUUGAUGUAUAAAUUAAAAAGCAGAUGAUUAAAGAUAAUGGGACUUCUUUU